GUCUGACUUCUUCUCACCUCGCCUGCUCGACACUGAGCGCCUCGACGACUUGUUCAACAACGACCAGAUCUGUGAGAUUCUCAACCACAGCCAGGAUGUCCGAGAUGGAGGCUACCGCCGGCCACAGCAAGGCUUGUUGCAACGUCCCGCCAGUCGUUGCUUCGGGCUACAAGACCAAGGGCUCGUACGAGGAUCUGGGUGGCUACAAGACUUACGUCACUGGCCCCGAGGACGCCGACAAGGGCAUCAUCUCCGUCUACGACAUCUUUGGCUAUUUCGACCAAACGUUACAGGGUGCCGACAUCCUGGCCACCAGCGACGUCAACCAAAAAUACAAGGUUUUCAUGCCCGACUGGUUCAAGGGCAAGCCGUGCCCCAUUGAGUGGUACCCUCCGGACACGGAGGAGAAGCAAAAGAGCCUGGGGGCCUGGUUCGGCGGCUGGGCGCCCGGCGAGACGGCGGCCAAGAUCCCUGACUACGUCAAGGCGGUGCAGGAGAAGUACCCCGGCGUCAAGGCGUGGGGCAUCAUCGGCUACUGCUGGGGUGGGAAAAUCGUCUCGCUCGUAACGUCCCAGCCCGACACCAACCCCUUCAGGAUCGGAGCCUCGAUCCACGCGGCCUUUAUCGACGCCAACGAAGCCAAGGAAAUCAAGGUGCCCGUCAUAAUGCUGGCGUCGAUGGAGGAGGAGGAGGAGGACGUCAAGGCGUUCGAAGCCGCCCUCACGGUGCCCAAGCACGUCGAGAUGUUCAACGACCAGGUGCACGGCUGGAUGGCUGCCCGCGCCGACCUGACGCAGCCCAGGGUGAAGGAAGAGUACAUUCGGGGCUACAAGGCGGUUCUCGACUUCUUUGGCAAGAACUGGAGCUAGAGGGCCGGCGCACAUGGUUAUCUGCUGGAGCGGGGAGCGGGUGAGAAGUUGUCGCAGGUCGGCCAAUGGAUUUCCCGAAAGCCAACAGUCGGUCGCCGGCCACGUUUAAGAAUCAACCGUGUCCAAUAUGUUCUUCCGUCUCCCACUGCCACAUAGUGCGUCUGUCUUAACGUUGCUCGACAGCCUUAUCUUGCUCGCUAUCAUGGUUGGUUGAACCGGAUGACGUGCGCCGAC